GAUCCAUCACACUGGAUGACAACAUCGCUUGCUUUGUGCUCAUGAGUAUAACCGAAGUGAAUGUGAAUUUAAUGAGUACAAAGUCAGUCGAUCUACAGAAUAAGAACGUGAAACAUGAAAGCACAUUUCUCCCCAACCUUUCUUGUCUUACUCGGUCUACUGAGUUUGGGCCUGAGUGAAAGAAUAAAGGUUUCCGAGACGUUGGACAGACUCCUGGCAGACUAUGAUCCUAGAGUGAGGCCCAAUUAUCAAGUGGAGCCUUUGACAGUCAAUGUGAGCCUUUAUGUUCUGGAUAUGCCCAAAAUUUCGUCCAGGGACAAGGAGUACACCUUGAUGAUGUUCUUCCGACAAUUUUGGAAGGACGAACGAUUGGCCUACGCCGAUGGCUCCCUUCAAGAAAAUAUUGUGGCUAGCUCUGGAUACAGUGAAAAAAUCUGGGUGCCUGAUACCUUCUUUGUGAACGAGAGGAAAGCCACUUUUCAUCACAUCCCAAGUCCAAAUGAAUUCAUCAGAAUUGAGCCUGAUGGUAGGAUCCUCAGAAGUGUACGGAUCAGUGUGACCUUAACAUGCAAUAUGGACAUGAGUGGUUUUCCGUUCGAUUCUCAAACAUGUUCUAUGGAAAUGGAGAGUUAUGGAGCCCAAAUGAAGGACAUCAAAUACGAUUGGCAAGCCUUGGACAUUUCAUCGCAUAUCCAUUCCGAGGACUUUGCUAUUAUUGGUUUCAAGAAUGUGACUGAGGAAGCGCAUCUUUCCACGGGGAGUUAUUCUCGGCUGGUCAUGAAAAUUUUCUUUGAGAGGAAAUCUGGUUAUUACGUAACAGUCUUUAUGAUACCUGUGGCAAUGUUGACUAUCUUGGCAAUGAUGUCAAUGUGGAUGGAUCGGGAUAACAUCAUUGCACGGCUGGGCCUAAUUCUCGUGGGUAUCAUGGGAGUCAUGUGCAGCUCCACCAUCGUUCAAGUCCUUCAUCCAGCCUCCGAAACAAAAGCCAUCGAUGUUUACUUCGGUAUUUCAGUCACUAUGAUCUUCUUUGUGGCCCUAGAAGCCGUUAUUGUCACGAAAAAAGGGGGAAAGACUCAAUCUGGAAGCUAUAUUGAAAGCAUUGCUCGUUUAGCAAUGAUUACUGCCUUUGUGCUAUUUCAAGUAGUAAUCUUCAUAUACGCUAUGGUUUUGAAAAUGGGAUACCCUGAUGGUUCUGAAGACAUGGUCUUAUUUGUUCCAAAUAAAUAAAUCAAACUUACAAGGUGAAUUAAAGCGGAGUGUUUCAAGAGUAUUUGAGAUGUAAUUUCUUUACCUUUGUGAGCAAACCCGAGGAAUAUAUCAUAUUGCUAAAACAAGUGGAAAUUAUCUAAAA